GGUGAUUUUUAUUUUCAAAACAUAAUUUUAAGCUUUUUGCACUAAUUAUGAUAAUACGAAAAUUGAAAAGGUCAAAGAGAACCUUUUGAACUGGCGCACUUUGAUUUGAAUGGAACCGAUUUUCCCCUAUAUUAGACGGGAAAUUUUCAGUCGAACGUCCUCCUCCCACCCCCUCUCAAAAAACCUCUGUAUAGUUUUGUCCCUAGAAACGGGGCCAAAUUAUAACUUCCCUGGGUUUGCAUUGGCUCUCGAGGGCCCUGACCACAGUGCUCAGCACGUCAGCAGUCUCAGCACGUUAAAAUAAUUUUAAUUAUUGACAACAAAAUAAUUAACAUUUUUUUUGUCGUCAAAAUGACGUAAUACACCCCCUCCAAUACCAUCUACCUCUGCCUACACAUCUAAUCUCUUAUAAGUAUCAACGCCAUUUCCACCUCGAUAGCAUAUUUUAUUGAUACCUAUAAGCGAGGCACACCUGUUGAUCGUAAUUUCAACGGAAGUCAGCCUCUCCAAAUGAAAUAAUCCCAUUCAAAUUAUCUUGAUGAUGUAUUAUUCAUACUGUACUUAAAAAACUGAUUAAACGAGUCAUCAACAAUUACAGAAAAAACACUUGACAAUUUCAUAGGUACAAAAAACGUACUUACAAUGUACCUACCAAAUAUAAAUAGUAGGUAUACCUUCGACGCUAUCCAUUUCGAUGUGGAAGUGUACAAGUGGCAGGUAAGUAAUUCUCCAUAGCAAGAAACUAAAAAUCAAUAAGGUUCGAGUGCUGCUGACAAAUGCAAAGACAGAUAUCGACAAUUCUUACCAAUUAGAUCAGUCCAGUGAUUUACUCAUCAUCAAAACUUCCAAGCGUUUGAAUCGCGAAACGGAUUACAAAAUAAUCAUCGAUUUUCAAGGCGUACUAGAGGAAAAUUCCGGCGGAUUUUAUCGAACUUAUUACACUAGGUAUUGGUGAAGAAGAACGAUGGCUAGGGAUGACUCAAUUCGAGCCGAAUCACGCUCGCGAAGCUUUCCCCUGCUUCGACGAUCCACGUUUCCGAUCAUCAUUCACCAUUUAUAUAGCUCGCCUCAAAAAAGACGGAUUAUCCUUUAGUAAUAUGCCAAUACAUGAUACGUUCCUACCAGAUAACUCAGUUACUGGUUCAAAUUACGUCUGGGAUGCAUUCCAAUCAUCCACGCCCAUGCCUACAAAUUUAGUAUCAUACGCGAUUGUGCCGAAUUUCUCAUACGUCGUGACUGAAGGUGGCAAUAUGCGAAUCGUGGAAAAACAUACAUCCAACAAAAUCCACUACAUUUACAAUCAGAGUCCAAAAAUAUACAGACAACUCGUAAGGUACACGAAUACUGAGCACUAUUUACCAAAAUUGGAUAUCGUAGUCGUUCCUUUCGUGGCAAAUGGUAAAGGAGGUGCAGGAAACUGGGGCAUGGUAAACGUUGAAGAACGAUUUGUAAUUUUUAACGAAGAUAAAUGCAGUGCCCAACAAAUACAAAUGGCUUUACAACUUAUUAGCAGCAAAUUUUCUCACCAGUGGUUUGGAGAUCUAGUCACACCAGCUUGGUAUGAUAAUGAAUGGCUUAAGGAAGGAUUUGGUUCCUAUUUCGGAACAUUCAUAGCAGCUAAAGUUGAAACAACGUUCGAUCUGCAUCAACUGUUUGUUGUCGAAACAAUCCAAGAAUCUUUAUGGAACGAGGUGACCGUACAAAGAGCAAUGACGACACCUAUUCGAAAACCUAGCCAAGUUACAGAUGUGUUUGACAUUAUAAGUGACAAAAAAGCUGGCUCAAUAAUCAGAAUGUUUGAGCUCAUACUAUCGCCGGAUACAUUCAAAAAAGCUCUACAUGAUUUUCUACAGAAUGGGCACGAUAAACAAAAUGGCUUAGUUGUUGAGAAAAAUCUAUUGGGUGCGUUUGAUGCAGUUUCAUCUCACGAAACGACUAAGCUACCACCUCACAUCUCAACUUACAAUGCAAUGAAAACCUGGACUACGAAUAUCGGAUUUCCAUUGAUCACUGUGACUCGUAAUAAAGCAGAAGGAAAAGUCAUUGUUACUCAGACAUCUUAUCGAGCCCUUGAAGCUCCCUCACGAUUACCUGAUCAGCAAUGGAUAGUUCCAUUAACUUACGCAACGAAAUCUCAACAGCUCCGUGUGGCCAGCCCCGACCAUGUGGGGGUGGGGGUCGAAAAUAGUGCCAAUCGUUUGUGCUUCGUUUGUGCACGUUUGUGCACUAAUUACUUUCGUUUGUGCUCACCCCCUUCAUGGCGUAUUUGAAGGGAGCCUUGGUCG